UUUAUGGUACAAAAUAUGGCAUUGUCCGUAAGACUCCUUGUGCCUAUAUCGGUAGCAAUUUUUAUCCUGUCACUUAUGCAGGGAGGAUUGACAAUUGUAUGUCCUAGAGAUUACUGUAAGAAUGUAACCUGUGAAGUGAACGUAACAUGCUGCACAGAAGGAUAUCACUUGAUGCCGACAUUUUGCGGAUGUUGUCAUCACUGUGCGAAAGAUAUACCUGAAAAUGGAUCCUGCCGUGACUUGGGUGGGCUAACAAUUCCUUGGAACACCCAGUGUGCUAAAGGUUUAGUAUGUUGCAACGCCACAAUUUGUUUGAAGCCAGAAAAUUGCAAAAAAUAGAAAAAGAAUCUAUAAAUAUACACAUUAUUCUGAAAUAAAUAUUCAUAUUUUUAGUUUAGUUUGA